CUCGCGCUCUCUCUCUCUCGCGCGCGCGCGCUCUCUCUUCUCUCUCUGGCUCUGUGUUCUGAGAGGAUACUCAUCAUCUUUGCUGAAGCGUCUCACAGCGGAGAAAAGCCAUGGCAGCUGCGAACCGUGUCCUUGUUUACGGAGGAAAAGGAGCUCUCGGCUCGGCGUGUGUGCAUUAUUUUAAGUCAAAAGGCUGGUGGGUUGCCAGUAUUGACGUCGUAGCGAACGAAGAGGCGAACGCAAACGUCCUGGUGAAGCUCUGCGAGUCUUUCACCGAUCAAGCCGCUCAGGUGACGUCGGAUGUAGCCACUUUACUGGGGGAAAACAAGGUUGACGCUAUUAUUUGUGUGGCAGGAGGAUGGGCCGGAGGAAACUGUAACUCAAAAGAGUUGUAUAAGAACUCUGAUAUGAUGUGGAAACAGAGCGUCUGGACCUCCACCAUUUCCAGUCAUCUUGCAUCGCUCCAUCUGAAGCCAGGAGGCCUGCUGACCCUCGCUGGAGCAAAGGCCUCACUAGAAGGCACUCCAGGUAGAGUAAAAGCAUCCAUCCCUAUACUCCUGAGAUGUGUUGUCCACUGGAAAAUACGUUGUAAAUGUAUUUUCAGCACAGGUUUACCUGAGGACUCUUCCAGAUUUGAUGUUUAUUGUGUGAAGGUGCAUUUAUACCCUCAGAGUGGCUAACUAAUAUUGUUUAUG